UCUGUCGGUGACACUUUACCACAUGCUCGCAACUCAUGACUCUUCAUCAACCUAUAUCUUUUUUGGUACCAUCCAAAUAUUCUGAUUCGUCCUCAUACAACUAAUUUGUCUACAUGCAAGACAACGUCGAUCUUGAUAGUAAUUUAAAAGAGAGUAUAUUGCUAUUUGGGCAUCAGUUAUCAUGAUCAAAAGCACAGAACUGGACCAAAGAAAGAGUUUUUCUUUUAGUUCUUUUGACUUCAACUCAUCUCAUGGCCUCUUCUCUUCUGAUGAUGAUAUCAGUCAAGGUUAUGAUGCUAGUAAUUAUGUUAUGUAUGAUUCAGACGACGGCGACGGCGACGGCGCGUACAUUGAAAUAAACCUUAAUCCUCUGCCAACAAAAACAACAGUAGUUGAUAAAGAGGAGAAGGAAACUCCAGAGGUGGAGUUACGCAUAUCUUUUUCAGCUGGAAUUUCCUCAACUGUGACAACAACAUGUUCAUUAUCAGCUGCUGAAACGUCAUGUAGUACAACACAACAUGCACAGGGAACAACUAAUAAGGCGAGGUUAGGCCUUUUUGUAUCCUUGACUCGCAUUGUGAACGCGUUCAUGGCAUCCUCGGUCAAGAACUUGAAUUCACUGAGGGUAGAAAAAGCUAAUUUUGACCAUGAAUCGAAUUGCACGGAGAUGUUAAGCAACAGGAAAGAUCGUACGAUGGUCACUUCAAAGCCAAAUGGAAUUAUGAACUUUAUUAUAAAAUUCAAAUACAGAAAUAUUCCAUCAAUGCUAUUUUCAAUGGUGACACCCAAAGCCAAAAGGGAACAAAUGCCGGCCAGACAACCUUUACUACAGCGAGGCAGCAGCACAUGCAACGAAAAUCCAACAAAUGACACUAUGAAACUGAAAACUCGCAAUCAUUCAGAUCUUAAUUAUCAAGAUCUAACCCGCGACAAAUCAACAACAUCUGUCGCGGGCAUAAUAAACCUUAAGGCAAUGAGAGGAGUAUUAGAUUCACUCGUCAGGACGAGUCGUUAUUACACAAGUGCAAGAACAAGGACAUCAUUUGCCCAUAAGAAUAGUAAAAGUAAAAGCUGCCCUAAUUCUAUUAAGUCGUCACCUAUGCAUAGCAACAACAAUGGUUAUGAUGAUGAAGUUAGAAGGUUUUAUUUGAGGGAUAAUUCUGUUCAGGCAGCCAUUGCUCAUUGUAAGAAAUCAUUUGGCGCUCCAGUUGACUUUGAAUUUCAUCGUUAAACGUUCAAUCC